AUAAAUGAGCGAUUUGAACGGCGGGUUGUAGCGGGCUAUCCACACACAACAGAGGCAUGGGAUUUCUUUAGUAGCCAUUGUGGUCACUGGCAUACAACGGUCUAGCUAGUUCAAUUACAAGCACAGUAAAGUAAAGGAAAAGUCAGGUGGUCUAAUUCGGUAAACUCGUGUUAUUUGUUUACAAGUAGAAGUGACAAACAGGAGCGAUGCUGUAUACAUCAAGACAUUUGGCGACCUUCUAGAACGUUCACAGACCUUCUGUCAGAAUGAUGAAUAACUCAAGCGCGGACGCCAACGGCACAGAAGAAUUCAGAAAUUAUUAUGAGAUUUAUGCAAAACAUUCAUCGGCUAUAUUUAUAGAUCAGACGGUCACUCCCCUUUUCUACGUCAUUGGACUUCCGACCAAUCCACUGUGCGCCUACAUCUGGUUGAGUAGAAAAACAAGGGCCAACAACUCUUCAGCGAUCUACCUAGGCGCGCUGUCGAUCUCCCACGUGGUGUUCCUGCUGAUGCACGUGCUACAGGAGCUCAAGUACGCCUGGAACAUCGAGACGUACGACGGCCAUGCUUCCUGCGAGAUCUUCCACAUGUUGUUCUACAUCCCCCAGUACCUCGCCCCGCUCGUCGUGCUCGGCUUCACCGUCGAGCGCUACAUCGCCGUCUGCCAUCCUUUCGCCAAAGCUCGCUACUGUACCGUCCGGCGCGCAGCCUUCGUGGUGGUCAGCCUCUUCGUCUUCUGCGUGCUGAUCAGCUCACUGCAGGCGUAUUUCUGGACGUACGACGCCGAGCAGCAGUCGUGCAACCACCGCGUCCAGCUCCAGACUGGCAACUUCAUCGAACUUUGGACCUGGUUCACGGAACUACUUUUGUUUGGAGUAGCGCCCCUUGCUGCUCUUGUUUUCAAUGUCUUGGUUAUCCGCGAGAUUCACAGCCUGACGAACUGUGGGCCAGCCCAUCUUGGGUCAUCGGGGGGGAGUCAGGCCUCCACCGUUACUCUACUGAGCAUUUCUUUUUAUCUUAUAUGCACGUGGCUUCCGUACACCAUCGUCUACUCGCUAAACAGGCAAUUUCCGAUGGGCGAUUUAAGAAUGAGUUCAGAGGAAAUCAGCCGCGACCCGACGUGGCAGAGGAACUUCCUGUUCAACACCAUUCGGGUUAUAUUAACUGAGAUCACACUCUCCAACUCGGCGUGUUAUUUUUUUAUUUACUAUGCAACUGGUACACAUUUCCGGGACCGGGUUCACGACCUUCUGUGUCCCAAACGAUGCAUCAAGGGAAGCAACCGCCAUCUUGAGACCAAACAGUACAUCGCUGUGUCAAAAUCGAGCAAAAGCAACGGAACAAUGAUCACAUGUGUUUAGCCAAAUUAAUAAUUCACACAGCGAACUAAUUAGUCUCUCGUUUAAUUAAUUAGACGUGUUACAUACGUGUGUUAUUUUACGUUUUCCUUACGACUUUCUGUAACGUUUUAGGGCACGGCAGAAAAUCUGAAUCAACAACACAUGCUUGGAGUUUGUUUUAUCUUUGAUGCAAAACAUCUGACCUUAGUCACGUGAUGCAACACAAAAGAAAUGUCAGUUCCUGUACAGCUGAAAUUAGAUGUUUAAGAAAACAAUCUUUGCAGGGCCCC